UUUCCCGGUGACGUCCGGCGGCGCACGCGCAAUUGGCGGUGGUGGCGGCGAUUCUGGGUGACGUCACGGGCUGGGAGUGACGUCCCGGUGGCGCGGGCCGCUGGGAGCUGGCCGGGAUCUGCGAUCGCCCCCCUCCCCCCUCCCACUACGGGUCGCGGCUGGGGGCGUCCCGGCGGCGGGGACGCGGCUGCCCCCUCCCUCCCCCCGGCGCUCCGAUCCAAGAUGGCGGCGCUGAGCAGCGGCAGCAGCGCUGAGGGGGCCUCGCUCUUCAACGGGGACAUGGAGCCCGAGCCGCCGCCGCCGCCGCCGCCGCCCGCGCUCGGCGCCUGCUACCCUGGGGCGGCCAUCCCGGAGGAGGUGUGGAAUAUCAAACAGAUGAUUAAAUUAACACAAGAACAUAUAGAGGCGCUGCUAGACAAAUUUGGAGGAGAGCAUAACCCACCAUCAAUAUAUUUAGAGGCCUAUGAAGAGUACACCAGCAAACUAGAUGCUCUGCAGCAGAGGGAACAGCAGUUACUGGAAUCCAUGGGGAACGGAACGGAUUUCUCUGUCUCCAGUUCGGCUUCAACAGACACAGUUGCAUCAUCUUCCUCCUCUAGCCUCUCCGUAGCACCUUCAUCCCUCUCAGUUUAUCAAAACCCUGCUGAUAUGUCACGGAAUAACCCUAAGUCUCCACAGAAGCCUAUUGUUAGAGUCUUCCUGCCCAACAAGCAAAGGACUGUGGUUCCAGCAAGAUGUGGAGUGACAGUCCGAGACAGCCUGAAGAAAGCUCUGAUGAUGAGGGGUCUUAUUCCAGAAUGCUGUGCUGUUUACAGAAUACAAGAUGGAGAGAAGAAGCCAAUUGGCUGGGACACUGACAUUUCCUGGCUCACGGGAGAGGAGUUGCAUGUGGAAGUCUUGGAGAAUGUGCCACUCACGACACACAAUUUUGUACGAAAAACAUUCUUCACAUUAGCAUUCUGCGACUUUUGUCGAAAGCUGCUUUUCCAGGGAUUCCGGUGCCAGACGUGUGGCUACAAAUUUCACCAGCGCUGUAGUACAGAAGUGCCACUGAUGUGUGUUAAUUAUGACCAACUUGAUUUGCUGUUUGUCUCCAAGUUCUUUGAACAUCACCCCAUACCACAGGAGGAGGCCUCCUUAGGAGAGACCACCCCAGCAUCUGGAUCGUACCCCUCAGUGCCCUCGUCAGAUUCUGUUGGAUGUUGUGAAGUUGGGCAAACUCAUGAGGCAGAUAUUAUGGCAGGACCACCAAUUCUCCCUAGUCCUUCUCCUUCAAAAUCCAUUCCAAUCCCACAGCCCCUCCGACCAGCAGAUGAAGACCAUCGGAAUCAAUUUGGGCAACGGGACCGAUCCUCUUCAGCUCCCAAUGUUCACAUCAAUACAAUCGAGCCAGUCAAUAUUGAUGACUUGAUUAGAGACCAGGGUUUACGAGGAGAGGGAGGUUCAACUGCAGGUUUGUCUGCAACACCUCCUGCCUCUUUGCCUGGGUCACUCACCAAUGUGAAAGCAUUACAGAAAUCACCAGGACCCCAACGGGAAAGAAAAUCAUCUUCAUCCUCAGAAGAGAGAAAUAGAAUGAAAACCCUUGGUCGACGGGAUUCAAGUGAUGAUUGGGAGAUACCAGAUGGACAGAUCACAGUUGGACAAAGGAUAGGAUCUGGAUCAUUUGGAACAGUCUACAAAGGAAAGUGGCAUGGUGAUGUGGCAGUGAAAAUGUUGAAUGUUACAGCACCCACACCUCAACAGUUACAGGCUUUCAAAAAUGAAGUAGGAGUGCUCAGGAAAACACGACAUGUGAAUAUCCUGCUUUUCAUGGGUUAUUCAACAAAACCCCAGUUGGCUAUUGUUACACAAUGGUGUGAGGGGUCCAGCUUAUAUCACCAUCUACACAUCAUUGAGACCAAAUUUGAAAUGAUCAAACUAAUUGAUAUUGCACGACAGACUGCACAAGGCAUGGAUUAUUUGCAUGCCAAGUCAAUCAUCCACAGAGACCUCAAGAGUAAUAAUAUUUUUCUUCAUGAAGACCUCACAGUAAAAAUAGGUGAUUUUGGUCUAGCUACAGUGAAAUCACGGUGGAGCGGGUCCCAUCAGUUUGAACAGUUAUCUGGAUCUAUUCUAUGGAUGGCACCAGAGGUUAUUAGGAUGCAAGAUAAAAACCCAUAUAGCUUUCAGUCGGAUGUGUAUGCCUUUGGGAUUGUUCUUUAUGAAUUGAUGACUGGACAGUUACCAUACUUAAACAUCAACAACAGGGACCAGAUAAUUUUUAUGGUGGGACGAGGAUACCUGUCUCCAGACCUCAGCAAAGUACGGAGCAACUGUCCAAAAGCUAUGAAGAGACUAAUAGCAGAAUGCUUAAAAAAGAAAAGAGAUGAGAGACCCCUUUUUCCACAGAUUCUUGCCUCCAUUGAGCUUCUGGCCCGGUCAUUGCCAAAAAUUCACCGCAGUGCAUCUGAGCCCUCAUUAAACCGGGCUGGCUUCCAGACAGAGGAUUUUAGUCUAUAUGCUUGUGCUUCUCCAAAAACACCCAUCCAAGCAGGGGGAUACGGAGAAUUUGCAGCAUUCAAGUAGCCACAGCACCAUGGCAGCACCCACUCUGUUAUUUAAGUCUUGUGUUCCUACAGUUUCUUAACAUCAAAACUCUAUUCUGCUCCGCAAAACCUAAAGUAAUUUAGAAAAGAUAUCCAUAAGCUUAAAAGUGGAGCAGAAUGAACUGCCGGUCCAACACAAUGGGAAAAAGUACCUUUUUGGGAACCAGAAUCUUCUGCUGCCAGUGUUUCUCCUUCAACACAAACCACCACCUGCAUUCAGAGACCCGCAGUGGCUGCCUGUGCCGUUGGCAUCAUUCCCAGGAGAGAGGAGAGGGCGCUCGUGGUUUGACUGUGGUGCUCGGGCAUGAGGGGAUGGAACUGCUGCUGCAACUUAGGAGACUUGCUUUGGAUGGUCUGCUGGUCGGCUUUCUCCCUCUAACAAUGUACCAUCAGAGGCUGAAAAUCUGAUGAGUGCUCAUUUAAAAGAAUCAACCUCUGUUCUGAUCUUUUUUUCCCCUGGUGUACUCACUGAUUUAUGGACAAUGCAGUAUCCCCUUUUCACUGUAUCACAAUGUCAAACACCUAAAUCUGUCUAUAUUAUUGGGUUUUAUACCAGUAAAAUUAAAAGUGUGGGGUGAUGGGAGCUGGAGAAGAUGUUACUCUAAAGACGAAGAGGUUAAUCUGAAGGAAAAGGGGAUGCUGCUGCACCUUUUUUCAGAUUUACGUUAUCACUUCUUGAAAAAAACAAACAACAACCACCAACCUUAACCUUUUUCCUUUUCCCAGUAUCUUCGUGGUGUGUGCAUAUACAACGUCUUUUAGAAGGAUUAGGUUGAUCCUUCUUUUGUUGGUCCAGCAACAAACUGAAGUUUUUUUUUAAAAAAUGUAGCGAGAUUGUCCUCUUUUUAAUUUUUUUUCUUUUGUAUCAUAUGAUACAUUGUAUUUAUCAAAGAUGCUACCACAGCAUCUGAAGUCUGUAGAAUUCCUGAUACAGACUGUGAAUGGUGUAUGUACCUACUUUAAAAGUUUUAUUUUAAAUGAGGGUGCAGGUUAAUGCCAGGUACCUUACCAAUAUGUAAUGUUUUCAUAAAUGGGGAAAAAAGUUCUCAGGUUAAAUUGAAUACAAAUACAAAACCCCCUAGAAUUAGACAUUCCGAAAAUUAUGUUUUGGUACUUUCAAGAGCUUUUUUUUAAAGGAUUUUUAUCCUGUUAACUAAACAUCCUCUGAUAAGUGUGUGUAUAAAUGUGGAGCAUCUUGUCCUAAUGGCAAGUUGUUAGAUCAAAAUAGAACGGUACUUGCUGGAUCCACGCUGACUACUUCUCUCAUUGCCUUCUUCCCUGUCAUCUCUUCCCUUCUGUUUGUCUUUCCCUUUUGCACACUUUGCAAACUAGGAUGAAGGUGGCGGUAUCUCCAUUAGAGUGCUUUGUUUUCCUGUCCUCCACUCCUGGUUUUCAAAUGGUUGGUAGCUUUUUAACAAGUUACCCAGUCAGGGAAAAAGCAACUCAUAAAGUUCUGCACAUCGUUUACCUCUAGUAGAAUAUCUUGUGAUGUGAUCUGUUUGCAGAGUUCUCUGGUAUGUGGUAUUACAUGUAAAUUAUUUGUACAGAGGCAAGUCAGACCACAUUAGAAAGAAAUUCAAGCUCAGACAGAAGUUUAAAGAAUUUGAUUCAUAUCUGCCCUGUACCACUCCAGGUGAGGCAGGAGAACCAACCCCCCUGUAGCAGGGAGGUUCUUGCUGGGGGGAGGUGGGGGGUGUUAAACAAAAUCAUGACAAAUAAAUGAAGGAGUUAAAUGUGUGUGAAUGUGGUGUCCGUGCUAAACACGGGUGUAUUGUGUGAGGAUAUUGUCCUUCCCUCCCUAGGAGAGUUGGACUGUCUGCAGAAGGUUGCUCCCAGGCGAAGGGAGAAACGCACAUUGGUGGUGGAACGUGCUUUUAAAACCCUGGAGUUCUGCGGUGUUGCUGGUAGUCUGUUAUGUUUGUCAGUAAAUAUUUACUGGGGUUAUAGGGACCGGACUAAUCUGAAGUGGGAAUUAUAACUGAAAUACUGUGUAUUCAUAUUAAUUCCACAAACAUUAGCAAGACAGCAAUAGUGAAUGACUUAAUAGUCACUACAAGAAUGAAGUGAUUCAUGUUGGUACAUGAAUAGAAUUGAUUUUGUGUACAGGAUGCAUUUUAAAAACAAAAAACAAAACAAAAAAAGCACAAAUUUUUUCUUGUCUGCUGUGGGUCUUCAGAUGCUGUAAGGUUUUUUCCUUAUUGAGAUUGGCAGGAAUUUAAAUAGUAGCAAUAGCCACUUUCCAGUGUGGAGAAGCUAAUGAGCGAGCGGUGGUGUGCAGACCAGUGAAAUCGGAGCGCUCCCUGGUGUGAUCGUCUGAGGCCAAUAUGGAAGAGGUGGAAGGAGCCUGGGGCCACAGGGUCAGCAGGCAGCUGAGAGCAUUCACAGAUACAGAAUCGCAGAGGGUGAAGUAGUCACUGCUUGUUCUCCUUCCACCCCGCACAUAGGUCCAGCCCCUGUAUGGGCUGUGGCCUAAUUUGUACGUGUCAGGCAUACUGGAAAUUAAUGUUCCCUUGAAAGAAACUGUUAUUGGAGCAAGUAUGUACAGGUGGUUCAACAGUUGUUUGUUUCACAGAGCUUGUUAAAAGCCCUAGUUUCCUUCCACAAGGUCAUGCUGGCAGAAGGUUGUCUGCUAAAUUAUAACUGUUAGGAAUUUCAUUCUAUAUUUGCUUAAAAUGAACUUAUUUUUGUGAAGAUUCAUUAUCCAUUAGUCUACAAUAUGCUUCUUGAGCCCAUAGGAAAAGCACAAGGAAAAUGGCUAUCCUUGUCCAUGCAAAGCACUUUAUACGUAACACGUGAUCUCUGGGUUUUUUUUAAUUGGGGUUUGUUUGUUUCUAGUUUUGUUUUUCUGUUUUGUUUGGGUUUUUUUUCCCCUGAGGAAUGUGCAAGUUGUUUGGCUGCUGUUUAGAGACGUUCUUUCCGUAGGCAUUUCUACUGGUUUUCAUGUUUGUUUGUUUCCCUCCAGAUAGCUGUAGUAAUGUGUGUUUGUCUGUAAGAGGUCCCACUCAUGCAAAACCUUGGAAGAAAUUUGGUUUGUAAAUAACUGGGAUUAUUAAUAUUUUUUUUUCCUUCAGGAGUUUUUCUGGAUGUCUUGCAUGCCAUCAGAACCAGUCUUAAGGGUUCCCUGUAGAUGUUUAGUGAAUGGGGAGAUAAGAGUAGAGAAGGACUGAGUGCCCUGUAUUGCAGUGGGAUGAAGGAGGUAAACUGAAACGACUAAUGCAUUCAUGUCUAUUACACCAAAUUUCUUAAGCUUCUCUGCAGUGUCCCAGCUACAAGCACGUACCAUUGUAUGGAAAUGUUAGUACAUAUUUUGUGUGCACGUGUUGGGACAAACAUCUAGACAGUCAUACUGCUUUUAGAUUUAUGGUAUCUAGUAUCUAAUAAUUGUUUGCAAAACUACCAAUCCCAGCUAUUCAUGUCUUUAUUAACCACUCAUAUACCUUCCCCUCCGCCUUUCCUUUUCCAUACAGCUAGAAGUCACCUUCCCUGUCAGUAUGUGAUGGUUUCCUGCAGUGUAUUUGCUGGAACUGGAACAUUGUAUAAUUUGUAUCAGGAAUAGCGUGGCCAGCAGGAGCAGGGAGGUGAUCGUGCCCCUGUACUCGGCACUGGUGAGGCCACACCUUGAAUACUCUGUUCAGUUUUGGGCCCCUCAGUACAAGAGGGACAUUGAGGUGCUGGAGCGUGUCCAGAGAGGGCCAACAAAACUGGUGAAGGGUCUGGAGAGCAAGCCUUAUGAGGAGCAGCUGAGGGAACUGGGGUGGUUGAGUCUGGAGGAGGCUGAGGGGAGACCUUCUUGCUCUCUACAACUACCUGAAAGGAGGCUGUAGCGAGGCGAGUGUUGGUCUCUUCUCCCAAAUCACUAGUGAUAGGACAAGAGGAAACGGCCUCAAGUUGCUCCAGAGGAGGUUUAGAUUGGGUAUUGGGAAAAUUUUUUUCACCAGAAGAGUUGUCAGGCACUGGAACAGGCUGCCCAGGGCAAUGGUUCGGUCACCAUCCCUGGAGGUAUUUAAAAGACGUGUAGAUGUGGUUAGGGACAUGGUUUAGUGGUGGACUUGGCAGUGCUAGGUUAAUGGCUGGAUUUGAUGAUCCUAGAGGUCUUUUCCAACCCAAACGAUUCUGUAAUUGUAGCAAGCUUAAAGCAGAUGGUAUGAGCAUAGAGGCCUGGUUAUUCUGAAAGUAAUUUCUGCGUGAAUUAAGCCCUACAUGCCCUCAGAUACAAUUAGCCCAGUCAUUUCCUUUUUGCCAAACUUAUGCAGGUCACUAAGUGAGUCCACUUCUGCUUACCUGAAAUCAUCUUUUCUUGUACUUGAAUGCUGUAGUAGCUGAUGAUGAUGCAGAAUGUUUGAGGUCAAAUACUGCCAUCUUACCUCGGCCUCUCAACAUCACUUGGAUUAGUAUGUGCUCAGUAGGGGCAGAAUUUGGCCUUUGUGACAUAAAAUGAGUGAAAUGCUGACUGUUGAUAAAUACCACAUCUUUCCACAAAUGCCCAAAUCAGGGAAAAAAAUACCCUGAAGAUCACACAUGAGUAAGUUUGUUUCUGUGUUUGCCUGGUGAGGUAACUGCAUCCAGGAUUUUACAGAACAUUUGGGGAAGCCAGAUCCCCAGAAACCUCACAAACAAUACAAGCUGAAGUUUUGAUAGCUGCAGGGGCUAAACUUAGGGAAGAAGCAUGUAGACAUUUCACACUUUUGCAGCCCAUGGAUUUCUUUCCCUCUUGACUGUGAGUGCAGCAUGUGUAGCACAAAGUAUUCAUAGUACUGUAGACAACAUGUCUUCUGUUUGUUGAAAAAAGUAUCACCAGGAGCACAAUGCGACAGGCAAAGCUUUUAGGUACAGUCAAGUUCAGUUAAAAAGCAGUUGCAUGAGUGGACUGUUACGGCGUCACUUUGAAGGUGCUGGGUGUUCUGGUUUUCUGUUACGUAUUUCACAUAGAAUUUUAUGAAACUUUCUGUUUACUGCAGCCUCGUUAACAUGUGUUUGCACUUCAUAUUUGUUUCGGCAUGCAUUUUAAAUAACCUUUCUUCAUUGCUUUGUUACUUCUUACCUAGUAAAGAAAAUCACCAGAAGAGCAGAGCAAAGUUGUUAGAACUUUUCCUUUGCGUUUAAGUUUCAAGGAUGCUAACACUGAAGCUACAAAGUCAGCUCCAUGACAGCAGUAAAUAACUACAAACCCGUGGAAGGAGGAAACUGUAAAAACUGCAGAAUAUAGAGUACACCAAGAGCAAAUUCAGAUGAAAAUUAGCAUAUGUCUCCUCUUUAGAAGAGAGAGAUACCAAGACCCUCUGCUAAAUGGUUUACAUAGGAUCCCCUAAACAGUCUUUGCAGUUUGCCAAAUGAUCAUGUGCCUUCGCAACCUUAAAAAGUACAACAGAAUGUAAACCAGGUGCUUUGUAACUAGAGCAGUGGCUUUGGUUUACUUCUGAUGCAGUAGUUUUGUAUAUAGCUGUUACUAUAGAUAGGUAGUUUGGAGUUGGUAAACUUCUGUCAAGGAGCGAGGAGGGCAAAGAGCAUUCCCCAAAAUACCUGUGAUCAUUUCAAAGCUAGGAAUUGAAGGAUACCUAAUUCAGUUACAGUAAACCUGCUGCUCGAAAUCUGCUCUGUCAAAAGUGAAAUGAGAUUAAUUUAAUUUAAAAAUAAGUAAGCCCUUCUCUCCCUCGAAAGACACAAAGAUCUUGUUAAAGAAAGGUAAUAGAAAGCUCUGAAGAGGCCCAAAGUUACACUGUCAUAGAGUCUUGGAACAAGAUGGUAGAUGAAAAACAAGAGCUAGAUGAGGAGGAAUUGACGGCUGGUACUCAUGUAAUCAAAGUCCACAGAUACCAGACCAUACAGUUAAUUCCCUGGCCCAGAAAGUGCAAUUAAUUUUGUUUUCUGGAAGAUCAGCAGGUUUCCUUAGUUCUUCCAUGGGCCUCUUGCAGUUACUCUUCAGCGAUCGCAUACUGUUAUUGCACGUUAACCAUGGGAGAUGGUAGGUGUCUUGUCAGCUGAGAGACAACCAGUAUGUUUGAAUUUGGUCUGUUCAAAUUUCAAACCGGUUACGUAGACCUCUGGCAGUACCUACAUACCAGUGUCAUAUUUAACCUGCUUGUCCAUAAAGGACAAAAUAAUCGGGUUUUGGUAUUAGUGCUUUUUCAGAUCUUUUCCUUUUUUACUUUGGGGCGAGACUUUGGGUGUAAGUGUGAAUUAUGAAGUUAUGUCUAAAUGCACAGUUCAUACAAAAUAUAUCAGACCAAUUUUAGUUUGGUUUUAUUCCUUUUAGAAAGCAAAGUGUAAAAACAUUUUACUAACAUUCCAGGAACUAUCUGGAAUCCUUCUACCUACCCCAAAUUCUGCACUAGGAGUACAUGUGAGAAGAUGGUGUUUUGUCCGUUUUCAAACAAAAUCACAAAGAAACUAUUUUCCCUAAGAGAAAGGAGCUGAUGGGAGUGUUUAGAAACUUCUGAACUACCUAGGCGUUUGCUUCAUAGCAUCACAGCAGCAGUGCAUUCAGCUCAUCCAGCCUCCUUAAGAGCCAACAGUGGCCUCUCCAGUCAUUUUGUCUAGUUUGUCAUGUUUGCAGCAGCUGUACUUUAGAAUAAGCCUUGUGUGACAUUUAUUUUUGCGUGAGUAAAACACAAAAAAUAACUUUUCUUUUUUUGUUUGGGUUUGGAAAAUGGUUGGGGUUUGUUUUGAUAUAUGUCAUUCUGUGUUGCAUUUGUAUAUUCACCCUAGCUGAAACAAAAAUCUGUGUGUUUGGGAAGUUCAGUGGAACAUGGGAAGAAAUGAAGCCCACCGUCUGAGCAUGGGUGUUGGGUCUAGGGGGCAAAAUGGACCAAACUUGGGUGUUGGGUUAUUUUGGGAUGGGAGGGGGGGAGGGGUCCGAGGGCAUAAUUUAAAUUAACUCUGUCUAAAAUAAAAUGUAAGUGCAAUAAAUGUGCUUUUUUUUAUUCAAAGCUGUGAACCUUUAGGAAAAAAAGAAAAAAAAAAAAAACAGAAAAAAAAUCAACCAAAAAAAUAUGCACAUCAUUCCUUCAUGAGCCUUGUGUCCUACCUGCCUCCCCUCCUUCCCCCUCUCCACACUUCUCAACUGACAGAAACCUGACAGUGGCCAACUUGCGUGCGCUGGCAACCCAGACUAGCAUUGCUUUUCUUCUGAUCUAGUUUGUUGGGAUCAGGGAGAGUCCUGCCUGCUACUUCUUGCCACCUGUGAAACCCGUUUGGGAUCCAGCGCUGACCAGUGCCGCUGGAGCAGGGUGUGCCGCUAUUCGGGACGCAGGAGCCAACCCAGCUGCGCCGCAGCCGUCCUGACUGCGAGUACAAGCUCCUCCUGGCCGUAGUUCCUCCAGUUGUAACCUCCCUCCCCGGCCUAUUUCAGGUGUAGCGAUGGUCUCCCUGCGCUGGGCAGGUGACGUUUUCCUUACGUGAUGGCAAAAGUCAUCAGUCCUCAGCUGCCUAAUUUGAUCCCUUUUCAAAACCCAUGCAGGCUGGCCACUGUUGCCUUCUGUGACUCUGCCUUGUUUUGAAGGAGCAGGAGUACGUGUUUGUAAUCUGUUGUGCAUUACUUGCACUGUCUCUUUCUUACUUGGGCACACGCCGCUUUUCCUAGAUUAGGAAAGGUGCACUGGUCUCUUGGGGGUUUCCACAAGAGGCACAAUGCAUACGUUUCAUUAAAAAGCGAUGGAAGGUGUAGCACUUGGUAGUCAGAGCCUAUGGGGGAGUGAGAGGACUGGCUUGUUUAAAGUUUAUAGAUACACAGAUCUAUAUCCUUUAAACUGGAUUAUUUUUAUAUAUUGUCAAGACAAUGGCAUUACCUCAUAAUACAGAGGCUUGUUUAUGAGAGGCGAAGUAUCUAGUAAGGAGAGGAAAGGGAAAUUUAUAUACAGAUUUGAUUUCUUGUUUGUUUGUUCCUUAGUGCAAUGAAAUGUAUGUCCCACCAAUUUAAACUCUGUGCUAACACAUUCCUUUCAGCCGUUUGUUUUUUUUUUUUGACCACCAGAGGUUUGUGAGGGGCUUAUGACUGCGAAGUGGAAGGUCCGGUCUGGUUACUUAAAGAAAACCAAUUGUGUUAGUAGAUUUCCUUAGCUGCUUUUUAAAAUCUACAAUGGAGUAAUUGUUUUGAAACUUGUAUUUAUUUUUUAAUUCGUAACAAAAUGUUUAUUUUCGGUUUCCUGUUACAUAGGCCAUGGCAACUUCCCUUCUUUCCUUCUCAAGUUUCCCCUGUAAUUGCCAAUACAACUUAUUUUUCUUGUUUGUUCCUUCCCUCUUUACUUUUGUUGUCCCUUCAUUUGUACUUUGGAGUUUUUCUCAUGUAAAUUUGUACAAUGGGAAAUAUUGUCCAGUUUGGUUAGAGAGCAUGGAGACUUAAAACAUAUUAAAAUUUGAUAGCUGAAUUCAGAUUGAAGAAAACUAUUUCUGUGUAAAGUUAUUUAAAGAACUCUGUAUUAUAUAAAAGGCAAAAAGUUCUAUGUACUUGAUGUGAAUAUGAGAAUACUGCUAUAAUAAAGAUUGACUGCAUGGAAAAGUC